AACCUCUUUAUAAGAAGUGUCAAACCUUUGAAAGUCAGUUGACUUUCUAAAUCUGUUCAACAUUUUGAGCUUCUCUCUCCGAGUCUGGACCUACCUAUCAACAUGAUGACAUCACAUCUGCUGGGUCUUGCUCUGCUGAUGUCAAUGAUGUACCUCUCAUCAGGCAGAGCUGUCAGUCAGGACACGGUGGAGGUCUCCUCUGUGUCAGGUCAGGACUCCACCCUGAUGUGCACUGCUAAACACAAGCCUGGGGUGCAGUACGUCGCUGUGAGGUGGUACAAGCUUGAGAGCUAUCCGUCUCCUCAGCGCAGCGGCCUCCUGACCAGAAACCUCCCCGAUGGCACAACCAAAUUGUACAAAGGAGUAUCCAGGCAGGUGGAGCUGCAGGAUGGAUCCCGUGACAUCUUCCUGCCCAACGUGACGUGCCGCGAUGGUGGCGUCUACCUGUGUUACCUGGCUGCACCUGUGGGAGAGCAGAACCAAGAGGGGAAAGUCCUUCUAACUCUGAGAGAUUGUCCUGCUGCCCCCAUCAAUGCUGAAGAUCCUCUGUUGGCGGAUACAGUCAUGGUUAUUUUUGCCUCUGCGCUGCUGGUUUUAGCACUUCUCAUAUCCUUCAUAAGCUACAGAUGUUUGAAGAAUACAAUCAAAGAAAGAAAUCAGACAAUCAAGAAGGAAAUCUUGCUGGAUGCUCCUCUCAAACCGCUGGAAAAAAAAGACUUGAUGCUGAUUUACACUUUGGGGCCCAAAACGUCCACGAUGAAACACGUCUGUGUCUGAGGAUUGUCUGAGGAGUAAAACACCACAGUCCUGCUUACAGCUCGCCGGCACGUUUGUUAAAACAAGAGAUGAGGAGGUGACAAAUGGAGCAGCGAUCAGAACGUCAGGAUGCUGCAUGCGGGUCAGACCUGUGAUCGAUGAAGGCGUUUGGUCUGUUUUUGCCCAGAACAGCUGGAAAUGGAGCUAUUCAGCAUGACAGCAAUGCUUGGACUCUCCACGCCUCAAUCAAAAACCACACAAAUACACUAUCAGCUGCUUUAUAUGCGUUGUAGUUGGGUUAAGUCUAUCUGAGUAGGAAUGGAAAAGAGAUAGAUGCUCCUUUUUUCAAAGUAUUAGUUCUCAUUAUGAUAUUUAUAUAUUUCUAAAUUGGUGCUUUUCUUUUUUGCUCCACCUUUUCAUACAUUUACAUUUCUUCUCAUAUAAAACCUGAAAGUUCUAGCUGAGAGACCAAAAGGAAUUAUAAUUAUACCUGAAAAUUCAGAGCAAUGUUAAUUUUUUCAACUUAUACAUUGAG